AUGGAUGUUUCAAGUGUUCCUGCAGUCUUGAGGCCUCUUUAUGAGUCUUCCAAAGUUCUUGAUCAGAAAAUGACCGUCGCUGCUCUGCGACAUGUGAGGCAGAUUGCUCAAGCGACUACUGGAGAAGUUCAGUAUUGUGGUGGACGCCAGCCUGCAGUUUUAACUUUUAAGAACUUUCAGCCAGAGACUCUGCUGUGGUUUCAAUGA